UUAGCCAUGAAUUUGCUGCUCGCGGGGCGGAACUGGCCGCCGCAGGGAGGGGCCAUGGCGGGAUCCGGGAGCUUCUAGGGGAAGCUCCGCGCAGUGGCGGGAGGGGACGUCGGCGCCUGCUCGGCUGCAGGGACUGGGACGGCCUUUACUUGCAGCCGUGAGUCUCCGCCCCGCGACACCGCUCCAGCCACGUGGUGGGCGGACCGGGGCGGUUUUGAGCUUGCGACCUCGGUGGACCCAGAAUUCUGGCCACAGUCCGGGACGAGCGCUGAGAGACGAUCACGGGCCCAAGACCAGGACAGAGCAAGCUUUUUACGCGUGGUGCCAUGACUAGCAAGGGUCCUGAGUCCGAGCACCCAUCCGUGACGCUCUUCCGCCAGUACCUGCGCAUCCGCACUGUCCAGCCCAAGCCGGACUAUGGAGCGGCUGUGGCCUUCCUUGAGGAGAGAGCCCAUCAGCUGGGCCUGAGCUGUCAGAAAGUAGAGGUGGCACCUGGCUAUGUGAUCACUGUGCUGACCUGGCCAGGCACCAACCCCACCCUGUCCUCCAUCUUGCUCAAUUCCCAUACCGAUGUGGUGCCUGUCUUCAGGGAACAUUGGAGUCAUGACCCCUUUGAGGCCGUCAAGGAUUCCGAGGGCUAUAUCUAUGGCAGAGGCACCCAGGACAUGAAGAGUGUCAGCAUCCAGUACCUGGAGGCUGUGAGGAGGCUGAAGGCUGAGGGUCACCAUUUCCCUAGAACUAUCCACAUGACCUUUGUGCCUGAUGAGGAGGUCGGAGGUCACCAAGGCAUGGAGCUGUUUGUGAAGCGGCCUGAGUUCCAAGCCCUGAGGGCAGGCUUUGCCCUGGAUGAGGGCCUGGCCAACCCAACUGAUGCCUUCACUGUUUUUUAUAGCGAGCGGAGCCCUUGGUGGGUGCGGAUCACCAGCACUGGGAGGCCAGGCCAUGGGUCACGCUUUGUCGAGGACACAGCAGCAGAGAAGCUGCACAAGGUUGUGAGCUCCAUCCUGGCAUUCCGGGAGAAGGAAAGGCAGAGGCUGCAGUCAAACCCUCACCUGAAGGAGGGGGCUGUGACUUCCGUGAACCUGACUAUUCUAGAGGGUGGUGUGGCCUAUAACGUGGUACCUGCCACUAUGAGCGCCAGCUUUGAUAUCCGCGUGGCACCAGAUGUGGACCUGAAGGCUUUUGAGAAGCAACUGCAGAGCUGGUGCCAGGCAGCUGGCGAGGGGGUCACCUUCGAGUUUGCUCAGAAGUGGACUGAGCCCAGGGUAACACCUACUGAGGAUACAGACCCCUGGUGGGCAGCUUUCAGCCAAGUUUUCAAGGACAUGAGCCUCACUCUGAAGCCUGAGAUCUUCCCUGCUGCCACUGACAGCCGCUAUAUCCGAGCGGUAGGGAUCCCAGCUCUGGGCUUCUCGCCCAUGAAUUGCACACCUGUGUUGCUGCAUGACCACGAUGAACGGCUGCACGAGGCUGUGUUCCUUCGUGGGGUUGACAUAUACACACGCCUGCUGCCUGCCCUCGCCAGUGUACCCGCCUUGCCCAGUGACAGCUGAGCCCCACGUUCCCCAACCCCUGCCUCUAGAGCUUCCAACCCAGCCAUUGUCAAGGACUUCCUCAUCUUCCUGCCCAAUAAUAAAGUCUGUGUGGACAGGGGCUGUCCCUGAAGUACU